AUGAAGAACAAUACUUAUGAGGCAGGUCUGCCAUUGGCCGAUUGGAACUCCAUUAGUAGAUGCACAAUUAUCACUGUUCAUGAUGAUGAUCAGAAAAUAAUUGGGGCUCGAUACUACCUAAAGCAUUAUGAGGCUGAACAUGGCCCUGUUAAGGAAAAAAUGGAAUUCCGUUCACCUAGAGACAAAAAUGGUCAUGGAACUCAUACAGCAUCAACUAUCGGAGGACGAAGAGUUCCUAAUGCUUCUUCCUUGGGUGGAUUCGCCAAUGGUACUGCCUCUGGUGGCGCUCCUCUUGUUCGCCUAGCCAUCUAUAAAGUCUGUUGGCAACCUGAUCCUCUAGAUGAAGUAGUAUGCCCGGACGGUGAUACGCUUGCUGCCUUCGACGAUGCCAUCAAGGAUGGUGUUCAUGUUAUUAGCCUCUCCAUUGGUAGCAACACUAGCUCUCCGUAUGCUGAAGAUGGCACUGCAAUUGGAUCAUUGCAUGCCCUGAAGAGAGAUAUCAUCGUGGUAUGUAGUGCUGGUAAUUCAGGGCCAACUCCAUCAUCUGUGUCAAAUGUAGCUCCAUGGCUCAUCUCAGUUGGUGCUAGUAGCAUUGAUCGAAUAUUUCAAUCAACAAUUGUUCUGGGAAAUGGCCUGAUUGUUCAGGGGCGUACAGUAACGCCAUUUAGGAAGACCAAGAAAUAUCCUUUGGUGUAUGCUGUUGAUGUGGAAAUCCCGGGCAAAACCACCAAUCUGACUACCGGGGGCUGCUUUCCUGGUACGCUUUCCAAAAAGCUUGUUAAAGGCGAAGUUGUUUUCUGCUGGGUAGGAUUCAUUUCUCAGGCAUUGGAAGUAAGAAGAGCAGGGGGAGUGGCUGCCAUUUUUGGCAACCCUUACGGCGGAAAAGGAGUAGAUGAAAGCCCUUUCCUACUCCCUGGAACAACUGUGCUUCAGAAUGAUAGAGCAACAAUAGUGAGUUAUAUAUUGAAUAAUGAAAAUCCAACAGCAACACUUUUCCCAGGAAGAACUAUUAUUGGUACUGGACCAGCUCCAUUUAUGGCUCCUUUCACAGCACUAGGUCCAAAUGGAAUUGAACCAAAUAUUCUCAAGCCAGAUAUUACUGCUCCAGGACUAAACAUAUUGGCCGCGUGGACUGAGGCAUCGCCUCCAACUCAGCUUCUUCAAGAUCAUCGAGUUGUUAAGUAUAACAUUGCAUCAGGAACUUCUAUGUCUUGCCCACAUGUGUCUACCGUAGCUGCAUUGUUAAAAGCUAUACAUCCUGAUUGGAGUAGUGCUACAAUAAGAUCUUCUCUAAUGACCACAGUAUAA